CUCAUCCGAUGAUAAGCUAGACUGAUAAGAUGAAAUGUCAUUUUAAAAUUAACAUUAUUAUCGUGUCUGUUCGUUCGCUUAUGAUGAGUUACUUUGAUGCAGUUACAUAGCUAUCACAAUGAAGCAAAGUACCUUAAAUUUAUUUAAAUCUGGACAUAAACUCGUCUCGUCAGCAAGCUGUCAGAAACUUCAAUCAGAAUAUGAUGUCGUAAUUGUUGGAGCAGGACACAAUGGGCUGGUCGCUGCUGGAUAUUUACAAAGAAGUGGGCUCAGUGUCUGUGUUUUAGAAAGACGACAUGUUGUUGGAGGUGCUGCGGUAACAGAGGAAAUAGUGCCAUCUUUUAAAUUUUCUAGAGCCUCGUAUGUUCUCAGUUUGCUGAGACCAAAAAUCAUCAGAGAUCUGGAGCUGAAGAAAUUUGGUUUAAAAGUCCACUUACGGAACCCAAGCUCCUUCACACCUCUUUCUGAGAAAUAUUGGAGAGGUAACACCUCGAAGUCACUUAUCCUUGGUCAAGAUGAUGUGUUCAACUUCCAACAAAUAUCCCAGUUUUCAGUCAAAGAUGCUAAAGCUUAUGAAAUGUAUGAAAAACAGCUCCAAAAAAUAGUGAAAGCUCUUGAUCCAUUACUUGACUUGUCACCUGCAUCUGUAAUUGAUCUGUUAAAUGAAAAAUCUAUUUUGAGAAGGAUCGCAUUGCUUCUCAAAAACCCGGGCAUUGCCCAAGCUGGUAUUAGUAUUGCAAAGUUGGGUGCUGAGCUUCCAUCUGCUUGGCAACUGCUAAUGGCUCCCAUCAGACAAAUUCUGGAUCAAUGGUUUGAAUCAGAACCACUGCGGGCAACCCUAGCGACUGAUGCAUUGAUUGGUGCUAUGCAUGACACACACACACCAGGUGGAGGGUAUGUCUUACUGCAUCAUGUUAUGGGAGAAAUAGACGGGAAAAGAGGUGUCUGGGGGUAUCCUGAAGGAGGAAUGGGAGCUGUUUCCCAAGCCCUUGCAGAUUCAGCCGCAUCACAUGGUGCUCAUAUUUUUACAAAUCAGGUACUGUGACUU